UAAAAAAAAAUGUGUGCGUGUACUAGUGUACACACGUAAGAAGUGAAACUUGUUUAUGGCCUUAUUUUUCGAAAAAUGAUCUACAUGCAACUUUCUAGAAAUUGGUUAAAUAAAGUUAAAUUAGAUAAAGUUUAAACAAAAGGAUUUUAUUAUCAUAGACAUGAAUACAAAAAAGUUAAAUUAGAUAAAGUUUAAACAAAAGGAUUUUAUUAUCAUAGACAUGAAUACAAAACAGAUGGCGCGUAACGGAAAAAAGUGACGCGUAACCGAAAAAUGUGACGGUAAAUUUUUUUCCAACGCCGAUAAGGAAGUUUCACUUCAAUAUUAUGACCAUGCUUUUGCGACACAACGCGACGGUGGAUGCUAUUUCAUAUAAUCUCAUACAGAUUAAGUGUAUAAUCUAUUAUGAAGUCCUUGAUAUGUGUCAAAUUGACAUACUUAUCUACUAAAAAACUUUUAUUUUCGCUGUAUAACUUGGUUUCAUUUUUAAGGUUCGAUGUGUUGCGUUAUCGAAUUUAGAGGUUUCAUUCUUUUUUUAAUUAUUCAAAUCUAGCGAAUCAACUGUUAUAAUGUGGGAGAAUACGAUAAAAUACUUAAAAGAUCCAUUAUUAGUUAUUAAAGUACAAAAUUUUUUCGGCGUCACUUAUAAAUCUAACAGACAGAUCAGUGAUACGAAGAGCGAACAGUCUAAAGUGAUAAAUUCAGAGAGACUAGACCGCCUGAGAGAAGAAUGCGAUAUCAAACAGCACAAGAGGAUACCAAGCAACAUAUCUAACAGCUCACAGUCCUCGUACGACACUGAUACCUCUGGAGAAACAACGACGAAAGACGAUCUCGGGCUCUCAAUCAAUAACAAAUUCUGGUACUACUUGUUUGUACUCGGAACUGAGUUAGGAGAUGAGAUAUUCUACGCUACAUUCAUACCGUUUUGGUUUUGGAAUAUUGACGGCGCCGUAGGACGGCGAGUCGUAUUGGUUUGGACUGUCGUUAUGUACAUUGGACAAGGUUUUAAGGAUAUAAUUCGAUGGCCUCGCCCUGGUUACCCAGUAAAGAAGUUACAGCAGAAAUGGGCUAUAGAAUACGGUAUGCCCUCCACUCACGCCAUGGUGGGAGUGUGCAUGCCAUUCUCAGUAUUACUCUAUACAAUGGACAGGUAUAUUUACCCAGUCCACUGGGGGAUACUGAUAGCAGUGUCAUGGUGUACCCUGAUCUGUGUUAGUAGAGUAUAUCUGGGAAUGCAUAGUGUGUUGGAUAUUGCAGCAGGCUUGCUCCUCGCUUCAUCUCUGCUAUUCAUCCUGAUACCUGCGGUAGACCGACUGGACGGUUUCCUCCUCACGUGGGAGUGUGCUCCCGUGUUGGUCAUCACACUCUCAAUACUUGUCAUCGUGUUUCAUCCUAAUGCCGAUAAAUGGACACCAACUAGAGGCGACACGACCAUGAUCGUGAGCGUGUGCGCGGGCAUCCUGACCGGCUCCUGGACCAACUACCGGCUGGGGAACAUGACGGCCGACGACCGGGGCCCCCCCUACCGCAUCAUAUGGCCCUCCGUGGAGAUGCUGGGCUGCACCAUCCUCAGGACGACGCUGGGCUUCUGCGGCGUGUUGGCCACCAGGGCCAUCGGCAAGUCAGUGUCGUACGCCUUCAUCUGCGCGCUGCUAGGCAAAGACAAGAACGAAUUGAGGAAUUCUGAAGAUAGUUUAGACAAUAAGCACAAGGUGACAGUGGAGCUGUGCUACAAGUACUUCACGUACGCGAUGGUGGGCUUCAACACCACGUUCGUGUUCCCCAACGUGUUCUCGCUGCUCAGCAUCAACAGGCCCACCUACUACACAGAGGUCUAGGGACGCCCGUGCCAGCUCACACUUGCUCCAAGCUCUGCUUCGUUUGACAACCCUAAUUCAGUUAUAUCCCAUGGAAACUAAUUCUGUGUUUACAUGUGGGAAUAUAAUUAACGAUAAUUUUAUAUUUGAAUACAAGAUUCGGAAUGUCCCACACUGCUAGCACUCAACUUGAGACUGGGUAAGGUUGAUUGAACUUUAAAAUACUAACCAUUCAAUGUAAAAUAACAAAAAAAAUAGAAUUUAGCACAGACUCGAAGAGAUAAUACAGGAUUCUAAAAAAUAAUUAUUGAAUUAUAAAAAAAAUAACAGUGUGCAAGUUUCUCUCGGUACUGAAAUAAUUAUCAUUUACUACUUCAGUAUAAAUGUUAAACAAUAUUUGCUUGCUGAUCCAACGCGCUGGUGCGGCCGCUGACCCCCGCGAUAGGACGUCCAAACUGCCUUACGUGUGGAUGUUGUGGAGCUCCCAGCCCCAGGCCCUCCGUCUCGUGCGAUUAGCGGUAGGCAGCGGCUUGGCUCUGCUCCUGGCAUUGCUGAAGUUCAUGGGCGACGGUAACCACUCACCAUAAGGUGGACCGUAUGCUCGUCUGCCUAAAAGGGCAAUAAAAAAAAAACUCCGAGGGGACUGUCUAUUAAAUCUGAUAUACAUUUAAAUGUGAUGAGCUGCUAUAAAGUCCAUUAAGUUGAAGUGAUAUCAAUAAUUCUCAGGUUACGGGAGAUAAAGGUUACGUGUUAUCGUUUUUUUUAAUAGAAUGAUGUUUCACAGUUUUUCUUCUCGAAUAUAUUUUUCUAACUCUGUUUAGUAAUAAACGGUGCAAUAAAUCUAAGAAAAACAAAAAUAUAUAUAUAUUUUUGCGCAUUGGGGCUCGGGAUAAAUAAAACUUUCACCAAAUUAAAAAUCUAUUUAACGCUUAGAACACCUUAGGAACCCUUUACAAUUCGCACUUCACUUCUUCCGCUUCGCUUCAGGUGAUUAAUUCGCUGUUUCGCUUCGAGUAGAACCAAUUAAUAACUGCCUUCAUGUCAUCUCGGCAACGCUUUUAUAGUCGACACAAGUCUACAGUUAUCGAGAACAUCCCCCAUAGUACUAGUCGUUUCCAUAUGUGUUUCCGUUAUUUGAUAAUAGGGGGCGUUACACUUCUCGAGCGUUCUCGAUAUUACUAGUUCUUUUGAUAUUCGUUUCUGCUAUUUGAUGACAGAUGGCGUUACUUUUAGCAGCGUAACAGUAUUUAUUUAGCACAUUUAUUGAUUAAUAAAAUAUGAAAGAGUCAUCAAGAAACAACAUUACGCGAAAAUGUGUAAUGACGUCUUUACUUAGGCAUUAUUAAUAAAUCAUUUUGAAUAAAAAACAGUAAAUAAUCUGCUAAAUUUUAAUAAUUACCGCACGUCAUACUACACUAUGCUAUUGUAAAUAAAAAAUUAAUUUACUUAAUAAUAUAUUCUUAGAUGUAUGUAAUGGUUCAAGUUGUUUUUUAUAUUACGUACAUAUUUUGACGUCAAUGCUAGCUUCAACAUAGGAAACUAUGUUCGUUAUUUAGGAGACAUUAUUUAUAUCAAGAUGUGCCUUAGAUGUGUUUUACCCCCAUUUAAUCACGAGGUGCGAUGUAUUACAAUCCGCGAACCGUUAGGGCAGACGACUGCAAGAUAAGUGCAGGAGUGAGUGAUAUUCCCGUCCUUGACUAGAGUCAGCUUAAAAAUGAUUAAAUACAAAUAUUGUUCCUUCGUGGCGGAUGUCAGUUCGUACUUUUUUCCCUAUUUAUUCGCUGGUAGCUUAGGGCGCUAUUCCAACUACACCCGGACGGGUAAGUGAGCUCACGGGCUCAUUCUGAGAGAAUUUGCUAACACUAGCCCUAGCAAGAGCAGUGCUUUGGAGAUCCUACCAAUGGAUCGGAAUCGCGACCCACUGUGAAGGUCCGGCGAGAAAUUCAGUGGGAUGUGUUAGUUUGCUUGUCGAACUCUUCGUCGUAAUCGACGAUACUACGAGGGCGGCACUCAAAAUUUCGGGAAUUAACGACGUGACACAACAUUACUAUUUAAAAAUGUAUUUAUUGCUUUUCGAAGUAUUCUCCGCGAAAUUUGACACAUUUUUCCAUACAAUGGAACCAAUCAUUGAAGCAACCAUUCCAAUCGGAAGUUGGGGUCUCCAAAAUGGCCGUUUUGUAGGCGUCCACAGCUUCUUCAGGUGAUGAAAAUCUCUGUCCACGCAAUUUAUUCUUUAUUUUUGGGAAAGUAUAGAAAUCAUUAGGGCUUAGGUCGGGGCUGUACGGCGGAUGGUCUAAUAAUUCUAUGUUUUCUUGCUCUAAAAACCCUUUUGUUCUGUGCGCGGUGUGAGAACUCGCAUUGUCGUGAUGGAGGAUGAUGCGGCGGAUGCAGUUCUCUUUACGGAGUUCAGAAACGACCUGUGGCAAACAAAUGCUAGCAUACCAUUCUGCAUUAACAGUUCUUUGUCCCUCAAGAGGAAUAGUCGUAACAUGGCCGGUUUUGGAGACAAACGUGGCCACCAUUUUUUUUGCAACACUCCGUGAACGAACAAUUUUUGUUAGCUUUAACUCAUUUUCGAACACCCAAACUCGUGACUGGUUUUUUGUUUCGGGUUCGUACGCGUAUAUCCAGGAUUCGUCACCUGAUACAAUGUUGUAUACAGCAUUUGAGGAUCCUGCGUGGAAUCUUUCGAGAGUUCUGACGCACCAAGUAACGCGAGCCGCUUUUUGCUCUUCACAGAGCGAAUGCGGUAUCCAUCCUUUUCUUCCAUCCAUUCCUUUCCGUCGGGAAAACAACUUUUUUACACCUAAUUGUUCAUGCAAGAUUAUUUGUAUUUGACUCAUGCCAGUGUCUAAAGUUGCCUGAAUUUCGCGGUAUGUUACAUAUCGAUCUUCCUGAAUCAGCUUACGCACAGCAUCAACGUUUUCUUGGGUGACUGCAGUUUUUGGACGACCUUGACGGGGAUCAUCACUGAGCUUGACACGUCCACGUUGAAACUCAGCAAACCAGCGAUAAAUUGUGGUUUUGGAUGGGGCUUCAUCACCAAAUGCAGAAAUCAUCCGGUCAACACACUGUUUUUGUGUUAAACCACUUCGAGAGUCAUAAUAAAUCAUCGCUCUUGAAUUUUCUCGAGUCAAUUCCAUUUUCUCAACGACUAAACAAGUUUGACAAAACCUCGUGACAAGACCGAGAAUCUUUUUUUAAAUAAAUAAAUGGUAUUCGAUUUUUAAAACCAAGGAGUUUUCAAUUAAAAAGAUUUUAAUAUGACAGGAACAGUGGAAAUAUUCCAUUCCCGAUACUUUUAGUGCAGCCCUCGUAUAAAACAAAGUCGCUUUCUCUGUCCCUAUGUAUGCUUAAAUCUUUAAAACUACGCAACAGAUUUUGAUGCGGUAUUUUUUAAUAGAUAGAGUUAUUGAAGAGGAAGGUUUACAUAGGCGUAGAUUAUGUAUAAUACUAUCCAUUAAAUAGUGGAGAAAUCAAUAAUAAAUUACAGUUUCCGAAGCGAAGCGAGGGCGGGUCGCUAGUAAGAAAUAUAAUGCGAACGUAAACAAAAUGUGUUUUAAAAUUUUGACGUUCCGAAUAACGUGAUCUUAUUUCAUCUGGGAUUUUCCAAACAACAAAAACAGUUUAAUGAUGCAACAAACUAGCCCUAAUUUCCUCAGAUUAACAAUGAUUGUUAUUGUUCUUUGAAUCGGCUAUCAAAACAAAAACAGCAACGCACCGGGCUGUCAAUUUUUCUGUUGUACUUGAAAAUAACUUUGAUUUAUUGUAUUGGUUGAUGAAAUUCUCGGAUAUCAACAUCCGAAAUAAGUCUUGGGAGAGGCUUUUAAGGAUUUGUACAUUUAAAUUUGUUAACGGAAAUAAACUUAAAAUAAUGACUCAUACCACAUAAAUACAAACUAUAACUAUUAGAGUUUGUAACUAUUCGUUAUUAAAAGAUCACCUUAUUUGUCGAGAAUUAUUAUAAUUGAUAUUAUGUUGUUAAUUAUUAAAACCUUAAUGCAGUAAUUUAAUAUAGUAAUGAUUGAUUGAACACAGGUUUGCGAAUUUAUCCUACUUUUGCGGUUUCAUAUCGCGUAUUUUAUGACUUGGAGAAUCGGCAAUGAUCAAGAAGACAUCUAUUCGGGAUGUCGGACACAAUAUUAUAAUGACAAUACUAAUGCGAUAUUAAAUCGUAAAUGUAGUUUAAAUUACGUCUAUGACUCGCGUAAGGCGAAGGUUUUUAUUUAUGAUUUUUUUUAUUUUAUAUAUAUCGUCAGUUUUAUUAUCAAAGCUGACUGAACAUAUGGUCCACUCUAGGGAGAGAGCCAUCAACGUCAGAAAUGCUAAGGGACCAACGUUCGAACGACACGUCAUAGAAAACAUCGGGGAGCAAGUUCAUUCUAGAGCCGGACAACUCCCGGCAACAAAUAUACAGACGCAUCGGUCCCAGGUAGCACGAUGUUAGUUGCUAGGGUAUCGCACACCACGUGAUCCAUUAAUCGUAAUACUUGUGGUCACUUCACUUAUUCCGCAUUUGAAACAUUUCAAUAUCUCCUUCCAAAUAUAUUUACAAAGUUUGUUCUACGCCGUAAUUGAUAAUAAGGGUUAAAGUCAGCGCUACAGUCAUAGGUUAAAACGCGAUGUUUGCGGCGCCGGCCACGCACAGAGAUAUUAUUAUGUUUUUUCCGUUUCAUAGAGUAAGUAAGUCGAUGAUCGAACGGGCAUUCCCAAUCUCGGUGAGUCCGCGUUUCCCAUGAGAGGCGCUCGCUUCGCAGUAAGGCUAGCGGUUCGCACAAAGGGGUUUUACAAAAUAUUUUCCUUAAGUUCUUAGAACGUAUAUAAAUGUAAGUUAUGUGUGUGUGUGUAAGGUCAUAAACAAGUGUGGUCACUUUCGUUCAAUUAUUUGUAUCUAAUGUUAAUUAAAUAUGUAUGUAACCUCUAUACGAUUAAUCCUUAAAGAGGUUAAUAUGUUAUUUAUAUCAUUCUUCUAUAGAUGACAUAAAUAGAAUUUCGAUUAUUGAAACAUUAGAACAUUAGACAUACAAAGAGCAUUUUUGCAAUAUUAAAAUAUAAAAAGAUAUAAAUAACAUAUUAACCUCUUUAAGGAUUAAUCGUAUAGAGGUUACAUGUAUAAUAAUAUUAUGGUUAAGAUAUGUGUUUAAACUCGGAACAGAAGCGUACCGCAGACUGACAGGACCUGUGUACUUAGUGCGAGUUUUUUAACGUUCUCGAUAGCGUAAAAGUUAACUCUAAUUUGUAUGGGGUUGAAACGUUUGCCUACGUUUGCCGCUGGGGGCGCUGUUCCGACUGCAUACAAAUUAGAGUUAACUUUUACGCUAUCGAGUACGUUAAAAAACUCGCACUAAGCACAUUGGUGUUAGUGAAGGAUAAACAGUUGCAUCGGUGAGCCGGCAAUGUUCAUUGUUAUUAAUUGUAAUUUGAACAGUUGUUCUAGUCUGGGACCUAACUGAUAAGUUAUCCGAGACGCUCGUGGGCAUGCCGUUAUACAAUUAUUGAACACGUUACCAGUUUUUAUAACGGACCUAACAAGUUUUUCUGAAAGCGGCUCAGAAAUAUCGUCGUGUUUUUUUAUUUUUUUUUUAUUGCUUUGAUGGUUGGACGAGCUCACAGCCCACCUGGUGUUAAGUGGUUACUGGAGCCCAUAGACAUCCACAACGUAAAUGCGCCACCCAUCUUGAGAUAUAAGUUCUAAGGUCUCAAGUAUAGUUACAACGGCUGCCCCACCCUUCAAACCGAAACGCAUUACUGCUUCACGGCAGAAAUAGGCAGGGUGGUGGUACCCACCCGCGCGGACUCACAAGAGGUCCUACCACCAGUAAAAAAUAAAGUGAAAUAUGUAAAUUCAUAAUUAGUCGUGAAGGAGCACGCGGUGCAGUUAGCGUUCCGGCUUGGAGCAGAGCAGAGCCUUGUUGCUCACAAUGUACGGACCGCUCUGAGCAAGUUUCCAAGUCGUCGAGAUCGCAUGUCCCUAUCUGGUCUUGUCCGACCACUCAACUGUUUAUUGGUACGUCCAAUAAACGGCUUAUACUGCCUGUGAGAGAAUGUUCAGGAAUUGGCUCCGGUGUAACUGUGACAGCUUAAUUUACUACAUUUUUAGAUGUCAACAAAAAAUAAUUCUUAGGGCAUGGUCGUGGGGGUUUAAAUUAUCUUUUAAAGCCCCGGACCUUUAAUAGACUUAAGACCCCUGUCCUGGUGAAAUUGUAAAGGUCUCCAGUGAUCCUUCCUUCCUAAAAAAAAUAUCUAAAGACGGCCCUGAUAAUUUAUCGGAUAUGAACUAAGAUUUGAUUGAUGAGUAGGUACUCAUUAUUAAUAUUUGAAUUGCGCUAUAAACUUGACUAUAUAACAACCCCAGUGAUAAGAUCAAAAUGAUGUAAAAAGUAAAUGUUAAGUUCUUUGAUUGUAACAAGGAUUCAUUAAAUAUUGUAAAAAAUACUUAUUAAAAUACAUUGGGAUAAUGUGUAAUACCUAAAGGCCAUUACCGCGAGCGAUGUAACCACAAGAGCUUGCAACGCCAAGCGAAUAUUUCAAUUUUAUGCUUCGAUCUUGUUUUAUUGUGUAAUUUCAUUAAAAUCUUAAAUGUAUAUUUUAAAAUAUAAUACCUGUGAUCAAGAACUUGUAAAUUGUUGAAAUUGUAAGACGAAAUUGCUAUAUUAUUGUAAGAUUGAACUGUAAACUGUUGAGUUAAUCACAUCUCGGGGAAACUCACAAAGUAUGCGUCAAGAAUAUUUAGGUUAAAUCAAGUAUUACAAUAAAAUUGUAUCUUGCAACUGUAUUUUACGUAUUUUUGUAAAUAAAACUGUAUUUAUCUGGAAUUUUUGUGUUAUGUUCCGUCAUUCCAUAAUAAUAAUAGCUUUAUUGAUUGUUGGAAUUCGUAUGAUGUUUUAUUAUUUUGUUUACUUUGUGAUAACGUCGCACCGAACUAGUUGUAUGAUAAACAUGAACUGCCAUUAAAUUAUCUACACGCAUCGGGA